AUGGCCUUCACAGACCUGCUGGAUGCGCUGGGCGGCGUGGGUCGCUUCCAGCUCGUCUACACGGCCCUGCUGCUGCUGCCCUGCAGCCUGCUGGCCUGCCACAACUUCCUGCAGAACUUCACGGCCGCCGUGCCCCCCCACCACUGCCGAGGCCCCGCCAACCACGCUGCGGCCACCACCAACGCCUCGAGGGCCUGGCUGAGGGCCACCGUGCCCCUGGACCAGCUUGGGGCCCCCGAGCCAUGCCGGCGCUUCACGGAGCCUCAGUGGGCCCUCCUGAGCCCCAACACCUCCAGCCAGGGGGCGGCCACCGAGGGCUGCAAGGACGGCUGGGUCUACGACCGCAGCGUUUUCCCGUCCACCAUCGUGAUGGAGUGGGACCUGGUGUGUGAGGCCCGCACCCUCCGUGACCUGGCCCAGUCCGUCUACAUGGCCGGGGUGCUGGUGGGCGCUGCGGUGUUUGGCAGCGUUGCAGACAGGCUGGGCCGCAAGGUCCCCCUGGUCUGGUCCUACCUGCAGCUGGCAGUUUCGGGGUCCGCCACGGCAUACUUCGGCUCCUUUGGUGCCUACUGCGUCUUCCGGUUCCUGAUAGGCAUGACCUUCUCUGGCAUCAUCCUCAACUCCCUCUCUCUGGUCGUGGAGUGGAUGCCCACCCGGGGCCGGACGGUGGCGGGGGUCUUGCUGGGGUACUCCUUCACCCUGGGUCAGCUCAUCCUGGCUGGAGUGGCAUACCUGAUCCGCCCCUGGCGGUGGCUGCAGUUUGCCGUGUCUGUUCCUUUCCUCAUCUUUUUCCUGUAUUCUUGGUGGCUGCCAGAGUCAUCGCGAUGGCUCCUCCUUCAUGGCAAGUCCCAGCUCGCUGUGCAGAACCUGCGGAAGGUGGCUGCCAUGAACGGGAGAAAGGAGGAAGGGGAAAGGCUGACCAAGGAGGUGGUGAGGUCCUACAUCCAGAGUGAGUUUACAAGUGUCCGCGCCUCCAACUCGGUCUUGGACCUCUUCCGAACCCCGGCCAUCCGCAAGGUCACUUGCUGUCUCAUGGUGGUCUGGUUCUCCAACUCCAUGGCUUACUACGGCCUGGCCAUGGACCUGCAGAAGUUUGGGCUCAGCGUGUACCUGGUGCAGGUCCUGUUCGGGGUCAUAGACAUCCCGGCCAUGCUGGUGGCCACCACCACCAUGAUUUACGUGGGCCGCCGGGCCACAGUGGCCUCCUUCCUCAUCCUGGCUGGGCUCAUGGUGAUCGCGAACAUGUUUGUGCCGGAAGAUAUGCAGACCCUGCGCACGGCCCAGGCGGCGCUGGGCAAAGGCUGCCUGGCCAGCUCCUUCAUCUGCGUGUACCUGUUCACAGGAGAGCUGUACCCCACGGAGAUCAGGCAGAAGGGGAUGGGCUUCACCUCGGUCAACGCCCGCCUCGGGGGCCUGGCAGCUCCCCUGGUCACCAUGCUCGGGGAGUUCAGCACGGUCCUGCCGCCCGUGGGCUUCGGGGCCGCCUCCAUCCUGGCUGGGCUGGCCGUCUGCUUCCUGGCUGAGACCCGCAACGUGCCCCUGGUGGAGACCAUCGAGGCAAUGGAGAGGAGAGUCAAAGAAGGCCUUUCCAAGAAGGAUGCAGAAGAGAAGAGUGAAGAAAUCUCUCUUCAGCAGCUGGGAGCUUCUCCCCUCAAAGAAACCAUCUAAGCAGUGGAGAGCCUUGUGCUUGCCUGCGGCGCCUCGGCUGGGGUCCAGACAGCCCCGGGGUU